AUGCUUCCACUUGUCUCCAAGCAUUGGCGGCCAUUCGUUAUCAAUGGCCUCGUGAAUUCCCUACGCAGGCCACUGACAAAACCUUUGGCCCCGCUACUCACCGUCCCGUCGCGUCUCAAUUCCACCUCCACCACCGCCACUAAGCCACUCGGCUGGACUGCGAAACCAAAACCAGCAAAAUGGCAGGAGAAACAGUCGUCGUGGCAGAGCAAGUCUAAACUUACUGGCCCACCGACUGAAGUACAAGAGGAAAACGCUCUCCGCAAAGCCCUCCAGCACAGAAGCAACUUGUGGCCCCUUCUCGACUGCCUUUGGGAACAUCUCAAGGCCAACGACUCUCAAUCCGUUCUCCGACUCUACGCCCAAUAUGUGGAGGGAAAGAAGGAGACUACACCUUCACCGAAACCCCAGUCUGAAUCACCACUGGCGUUCAGCAUGGAGGAUCAACCCGACCGGACGGCUGCCAAUGCUGAAGCUCACCACAACCUCGUCCUGGCUGCCAUUGCGGCACAUGCCAUGGAGGGCUCUUUUGAGGCUGCCCUGGGGACCUUUCGUUCGUCUGGACUGAAUCGAUGGCCAGAGCACGAAGCCCACCAUUUUCUCCAGCAGUUCGGUCUUGCCAUGCCCUCCGACCAAGCGUUGCGGAACCAAAUCGGCGUGUACUUCAGAGAUGUCAGGAUCGCCCACUGGCUUUCCAUCCCGACUGCGUUCUCGAGGCAUGUCAAGGCUCUGGCCAAAGCCCGCUCCUUGGAACAAAUAUGGUCCCUAUACUGGAGCAUGUACCAAGGCAUUACCCGACCUUCACCCUUCAUUUCACCCAGCGACACCGCCUCCACCUCUCCCCACGUUCCCCAAUAUGUAUGGGGUUCCUUCCUUGCCUCAUUCUUCCGCUGCGAUAGAUACGACCUCGCUAAAGGCCUCUGGGAAACCCUGGAGGACCUCGGAGUCCAUCGGGACGUGGGGCUUUGGACAACAUACCUGGACGGGCUCGACCAUUUGCGUUUAUCCGACGUCGCCCUUAGUUUCUGGGAAGAGAUGAAACUUGAGCGUGUGCAGCCAGACUGCCUCAGCUAUCGCGCUAUCAUCUCUGUUUGUCUCAGGGACGACCAGAUUGCCGCAGGGAUGGACAUUUUCCAGCAGUUCAAGGCACUGCGGAACAAGGAAGGCUGGAGUGAAGAAAUGUGUCGCUCCGUCUACAACACUGUUCUCGAUGGUCUCCUCAUGAACAGGGUGGUUGACCAAGCGAAGCGUAUACUCGAGGAGAUGAGGAUCAACGGUCCCGCUCCCGACGCUGUCACCUACAACAUCUUCCUCGGAUAUUUCCAUCGACGUGGCGACUUUGCGGAAAUUGGCAAGAUGCUUUCCCAAAUGGAUAAGGAACGGGUGGUCGGGGAUGUCUACACGUUCUCAAUUCUGCUUACAGCAUUGCUGAGAGCGGGUCGGCCUGAUGCCGUGGAUGUUGUCGUGCAGCACAUGAACGAUCGAGGUAUCAAAGCAAACGUCGCCAUCUACACGACUCUCAUCGAGGAACACCUCAAGAUGCGAACUGAGAGCAGCCUAAUCGCUGUCAUGAAGCUUCUCGACAAAAUGAAGACGGUCCCGUCAGCUCGCCCGAACGACGUCACCUAUACAUCCAUCCUAACCAACCUCUAUCGCGGCGGGUGGUUACCGAAGGAUAAGCUCAUUUAUUAUGAGCAGGAAGUGCUGCAGCGUAUGAAGGCCGAGCGAGUUCAUCUCAACCUUCCGGGAUAUCACGCCGUUCUCAGGGCGUGCUUCGAGAGACCGGGAGGGGCUUCUCAUGCAAUGUCCUAUUAUCGGGAAAUCAAGAGACGCAAUAUUCCAUUGGUGCAAACGACGUGGUACAUUCUGGUUGCGGGAUUGCUUGAACACCGUCAAUGGCAGUGGGCGCGCGAGAUUGUGGAGGAGAUGAAAAAGUCCAAGAUUACACCGUCGGCAAGUCUGGCGAGGCUGGUUAUGAAGGUAGAACAAGGCAACGGGAGCGAUGCGCAAUUGAUAGACCAUUAG